GCGAGGCUCUGAAUCCGUUUAAGGAUAGAGAGAACGCUGCAGCUUCAGAGCACGGGAGCGCGAGCGAGCAAUUUCAGUGUGAUCGUGAAUCUCUGGGAAUCAGCGUCGUGGCCAUGGCGUCCGUAUGCUCUCUGACCACGAGAGUGCAGGUCCCGUCCCAGCUUAGCUCGAGCUCGAGCGAGGUCACCGGAGCCGGAGCUCAGUCGUUGAGCACCUCCCGUGUCACAUGCGCACCAUCGAAUUCCUCUCUGCUCGUGACUCCUCUUGCAAGUAGGAAAUGUGACCUCACAGGGAAGAAGGCAAACAAUGGGUACAAUGUAUCCUUCUCAAACCACAGGACGAAGAAGCUACAAGGAGCCAACUUGCAGUACAAGCGACUCUGGUGGGAGGAAGCCAACCGGUUUGUGAAGUUGAGGUUGUCAACCAAGGCACUGAAGACCGUCGAGAAGAAGGGGUUGAGCACAAUGGCCAAAGAGGCCGGCAUCGACCUCCUCGAUUUUGCCAUCUAAAUUUUUAAAAUUUCCCCCGGUGUACACCAUGCUUCUAGUGGGAUAUUCAGCCGUCGAAAUACAAAUUGAAAAUAUUUUAUUAGGUCUGUUUCAGUAAAAUAAAACUCAAAAAGUUCAUCUCAU